CAUUUGUACACCAAUCCCAUUUCUCCGUUAUAAACCCAGCUCUUGACCCAAACAAAUCCUCCGUCAAACUCGCAAUGGCUUCUUCCCCCACGAACCCAGCUCAGGACCCAGAUUCCGACACGCCUGAUAAUCCGGGUCACAAGUUCGCUCAAUUCGGGUUGGGUUGCUUCUGGGGAGCCGAGCUCAGGCUUCAGCGGGUCGUCGGCGUGGUCAAGACCGAGGUCGGGUACUCCCAGGGCCACGUCCACGACCCGAAUUACAGGCUGGUCUGCUCCGGAACCACCAACCACUCCGAAGUGGUUCGGGUCCAGUUCGAUCCGCAAGUCUGCUCAUAUUCGGAUCUUCUUUCCGUCUUUUGGUCUCGUCAUGAUCCAACUACCCUCAAUCGUCAGGGUGGAGAUGUAGGAACUCAGUAUCGAUCUGGGAUAUACUACUACAAUGAAGAGCAGGCUCGUCUAGCCGAGGAAUCCAAGGAAGCAAAGCAAAAGGAGUUUAAGGACAAGAGGGUGGUGACAGAGAUUCUACCAGCAAAGAGGUUUUACAGGGCAGAGGAGUACCAUCAGCAAUAUCUGGAAAAAGGAGGACGUAAUGGCAAUAAACAAUCUGCUCAAAAGGGUUGUAAUGAUCCUAUUAGAUGCUAUGGUUGAGUAACUAAUGCAUUGUGCCAGGAUUAGAACUCUUUGCUGGUUUACUUUUCAUGUGAAAUAACAUAUGCCAGUUCAUUUAUGCUCAAGGCACCAAUAUGUUUACUUGAAUUAUAUGGCAGUACUUUACUUGGUGUAAAUAAAACUAGGCCUAAGUCGACUGAUAUGAACUGAUAAAACAUUGCCAUUAUAACUGGGAUCCAGAAUGUGGUCUAUGAUGCAAUGUGUUUUUGUAUAUCGAAAAGUUCUAGUCAUACUAGUUUGUUUGAGUUUUCCAG